AUGCGCGUUCCUUCUGCUUUACUUGUGACUUCUAUGGCAGUUGUGGCCUGCGUCACUUGGGCCUCGGAGACCUUUCGGCGCGGACCGACGAAUGUCGAUUCGUCGACUCACCGCUCCGUUGCUGACCAACGCAGCGCUGUAUCUGUCAAUGGGCUGCCAAGACUACGUAACAUUGUGGAUGAGGAUGACAGAAUAGGACCCAUCGUUCUGGCCACGUCGACGGCCAAAGCUUUGCCCGCACUGCGGCAAGCAUCAAAGACGGAAGGAAAGGCUCUUUCUGCGGUAAAGACUUUGCUGAUGGAGGAUGACAAGGCCUUCGACGUUAUUCGCAAAGCUCGGCAUGAACCACCAACUAAUCGAGAUCGCCAGACUAUGCGUGCGCAUGAAGACGCAAUUUUAAGCCGAUUGCAAGCCCUCGAUGAAUCGGUCAUCGAAUCACUGAUGGAUUCGUUGUCGAAUGAGCGCUUCAUGAGAUUGAAUCGCUUGUUGACGUCUCACAAUUCAGCAGAUCAGGAAAAGGGAGAAAAGGAGAUAGUCGAGGAGGCGAUCAAGUACGAGCGCAAGCGUCAGGCGAGUGAGGCCGCAGAAGAGUUUGAAAAGUACGGGAAGGGUUGGAUUGAGGAGGGGAAAUCCAUUGGGGAAGUGUUUACCCUGCUACAGCUCGCAGACGAGGGGGUCAAUAUGUUCGCGACGGUGAAGCUGGAGGUGAUGAGGUUGUGUGUCGAGGAAUUCAACAAGAAGCACGAGAGUAACUUCAAACUGCUUCAUGCCUUGUUGAUAGGUUUUAAAAGCGAAGCCAAUGUCGCCCGGCUUUUGUCCUUCGCGAGUCUGAGCUCGAUACACGAAGACAGAGCAGAGAAGUUGCUUAAUGAGUUGUUCGGCCGCUGGCUGGCGCGAGGAGAAUUCGAAGACGAUGUUUUCGCGAUCCUAGGGCUCCAGGCAUUGGGGUCCAAAGGCUUAUCGUUCGAGGACGUGCAUAUCCUGCAUAAAUAUAUCCUUUUGCUCAACAAGGAAUAUCCUAACGCACAGACAGACGUGUUCACAUGUCUGAGGGCGAACCUUGGCGACCGCGCAUUCGCAAUCCAGAUUGCUGAAUUAGCUGCGUAUGACGAAAACCCGUCCGAAAAGCGUUUCGACCGGUUGUUUCAGCCGUGGUUGGCCAAGAAGAUGAGUCCUUCCAGUGUGUUCCAAAACGUCUUUGGUCUGCCUCAACCUCACGAAGUGUCGUCCGUGGCCGAGAUCAUGUCAGCGUACUCCAAAAAAUGGAGGGAACAGAACAAAGCGGUGCAAGUUCCUCCGGCGUCGAAGCGCUCGCGCAAGUCCAGGAAGAAAUGA